UAUAUAUAUAUAUAUAUAUAUAUAUAUACGUGAUAUAUGUAUGUGUAUAUAAUCGAUUGCGAUGGAAAAUUACAGUAACAAUUAUUGAGGUAACAAUGAGUAGCUGCGUUUUUUGCAAAACAAAGGAAUCAAAAUAUUGUGGGCGAUCAUUUCACAAAUUUCCCGUGAAAGAUGUGUUGCGCCUUCAGCAGUGGUUAAAAGAAAUGAAGAGGAAGGACUGGAAGCCAAACCGAAAUAGCACAUUGUGUUCAGCUCAUUUUACAAAUGACUGCUUCGAUAGAACAGGAUUCCUAAUUACAUUGAAAAAGAACAGUGUACCAACUAUAUUUGACAACCCAAAAUCAGAGUGUUCAUCUUGUCACCGAUUAAGGGAAUAUGGACGUGGCUCUUCAUUCUUCAAGUUCCCAUUGGAUGAACCUGAUAUUAUGAAGCAGUGGAUCGCAAAUAUAAACAUUGGACCGUGGUCCCCAUCAAGUGAUAGCUUUCUGUGUUCCGACCACUUUGAACCCUCUUGCUUUCAGAAGAAAAGUAAAAAUUAUAUAACUUUACGAAAAGGCAGUAUCCCAACGUUAUUUGGUGAAAACUUGCAGCAGACCGAAUUUCAGGAUGAAUCCGAUCGGCCCACCACAGUGAAUGUAACCAAAUUACAUGAUCACCUACACAUUUGUACCUGAUUUGCAUGCUCAGCUCCACUUUGAUGAUCAAUGGAUGGUAAAUGGAUUCCCUGACGGUUGAAUUAGUGUUAUACAAAUUUUUGAAUAAUCCGUAUGGAAUUCAGCCCACCAUAGGAUGAAGGAUAAUGGACGGAAACUUCUUAGAAUUGAGGACUUCUUUUGAACAUAAAGAAAAAUCACGCUUAAAUACAAGUUUUUCGUCAAAUUAUUUAAUGAUCUUUUACACCAUAUAAUUGUAAAUAA